CGCGCGCAAUUGUGCAUCCGGCACAUAUUCUCCUCGGGCCACUAUCAACAACCCUACAGACGCUUGGUGAAGACGACCUGCUCAAGCAAGAGCAGUUCCAGCGCUCGUUCCCGCCCAAGCACACGACCAUGCGCGCCUUCCCCGCGGAGCCAUGAUGCACAACACACAGCUCCAUACAUCGACCUGUAGCCAUGGCCCGGUCAAUCGUUGCAGAACCCUUGGAUCCACGCGCCGGCUUCAAUUGGGUGUUCCUGGUUGAGCUGUUGAUAUGUAGCAUCCUAACCGUCUUCUUCCUCUUCUACUUCAACCGCCUCUUUGCUACCCUCAUCUCCUACGGCAUACGCGCAUACACAUGGCGUACCUUUCACGCCUACAUCGACAUCACCUCCCUCCAGAUCUCCCCGCUCGGUGGCCGCAUCUUCUUCAAGGACAUUCGCUACCACGGCCACAAUGAGACGAUACUGGUGCAUGGCGGCCACAUUACCUGGAAUUACUGGCUGCGCCGGGUAAGGAAUGCGAGCGUGUAUAGUGACGACAACCCUCCCGGAGAUGACGCAAGCCACCAAUCGCCCAGUACACCAGACAGCCGGUCUGCCAGCCGAAGUAGGAAUGUGGAUAGGGCUGAGAAGGGAGGCAAGCAGACGCCGAAGCAGCUGCCAUGUCGUAUCUCAAUCAAGGUCUCGGGCGUCGAGGCCUUCAUGUACAACCGCAGCCCCGGCUACGAUGCCAUCAUUGAGGCAGUCCAGCGCAAGGCCGAGCACGCUGCUAAGCAAGAAGAGGCUCACCCUGGCACUGGCACUGGCACUGCGUCGGUUGCCGAAUCGGCCACGAUGCACAAGGAAGAAGAACAUCAUCAUCAUAACAAAUUGAGGAAAGCGCCAACGGAGAGCGACAAGAACUUCACACGAGCCGACACAGGUCGCUCGACUACCUCAACGCCAAAGAAAGCUGAGCUUCCGGCCUUUCUUAACCUGCUUCCCAUUCACGUCGACAUCACAAAGGGCGCCAUUGUUGUUGGAAACGAACACACAUUGGCUGUCAUAACUGCCCAAUUCGAAAAGGCAACAGGGACUUUGGAUGCAGGGCCUAGUGGCCCGUUGGACGUAUACCAGCAGCUCUUCAAUUUCCAGGUUGUGCAUCCUGUUGUGCACAUGAAGCCAAAUCCAGACUACAAGGCCGGCCAGCUCGACACCGCCGCACACUACAAGCAAGAAGCGAGUCAAGGCACUGUCGAAGAGAGCAUCAUCGAGGAAGACGCCGGGCGCAAGAGACCGAGCCGCUGGUUGAAAAAGCUCUCGAGCUUUUCGGGUCUGUUUUCCAAAUCAUCCGACUCUAUCCACACCCAUUCAAAGUCUAGUCGAGGGGCAGAUAGUAAGAUGUUUGCCCCUCAAUGGCACUUUCCAGGACAGGAACGCUGGAAAGGACUGGCCCGGUACCUCGAUGACAGUGUAAACGAUGGUCAUGGCGAAUGGGAUGGAGUGGAAUAUGCAAAGACCUCGCUGAUCGCCGAUGUACCAAGCGUCAAUGUUUCUUUCUAUUGGGACGUGGCUGGUCCAGUGCUGCGCGAGAUUGACAACAGCAUGUACAUUGACCCUGCCCGCCCUCAUGACAUUAAUGGCAGUCUUCCCCCCGACUAUGGCAUGGAUAUUCAGGUAUUUGGCGGUACAAUAAACUACGGGCCGUGGGCGGACCGGCAUCGAGGCAUCUUUCAGUCCAUGUUCUUCCCCGGGUCACACGUCGAUGCUGUCCCCACAGAGCCCUUGAAGCCAGGUGAUACUCGUGUCCUAUCCAUCUUCAAGUUAUAUCUAGGGAUCGAAGAAGAUACGGUACUUCGCAUACCCAUUCGGGAACCAUCAAAAGACUGGAAAUGGAAAGGAAAAGCCCACACAUUGGCGGCACACGACAAGCACGGGGUUGAUAAGAACAAAGGCAAAGCCAAAUCCCGCAGGAAACGAGGAAAACAUCGGGAUGCUACUGCUGCGCAAAAUGUACGCCCGUUCGCCUGGAUCGACGUUAAAGUCGCCGGCGACUCAUCCGUCAACUAUGUCAUGGACAUGUACGCUACCGAGCUAGGAUAUCAAAGUAAAGUGGACGUUGAUAUCAAGAAAACCGAAAUCUCAUCUAGUGUCAACCACGGUUUGCUGUGGCGCUCCGGUGCCAUUGCGCUUGACUGCGACCUCUCGAAUCCUAUCGGCUGGAACGCACUGCGAAAGUGGCUGUUCAACAUCAAAUGCCAGGAUUUGGAACUGUUCCUACUCAGAGAUCAUCUAUUCCUUCUGACGGAUCUUGUCGCCGAUUGGGGCUCUGGUCCACCGCCUGACUACUUCCUCUUCGUGCCUUUUCAAUACCUCCUCAACAUUGAUUUUGCGGACUUCAAGCUGUAUAUAAACACAAACGACUCCAACAUCGUCAACAAUCCCGCGGAUCUCGACGACAACAAUUUCAUCAUCCUGUCCGGAAAACGCUUGCAAGGAGACGUUGUUAUACCGCUAGACAAAUUUCGGCCACUUCAAAAUGAGAUCAAGUUCGACGUCAAGGGUCAUGAUCUAGGCCUCGGAGUCCUCAUGCACCAGAAAAACACGCUAAAAACAUUUCUUAAAUCAUCGAACGUGGCUCAGCUUGGCGGCCUGACCCUAACCGGCACUCACGCGUAUAUGACCGAAACCUCCUCGAUGAACACCGACAGACUCUUCAUGGACAUUCAAGGUCACAAAUUGAAUCUUGAGCUGUAUGGGUGGCUCGUAUUCCACUUCAUGAAAAUCAAAGACAACUAUUUCGGCGACGACAUGCACUUCAAAACUCUUGAGGAGUUUCAAGGCCUUCCAAGCGCGACUCUUGCAGCGGAUGGUACGAAGCCAGACGAACAGCCUCCUCAAGUUUCAAAUGAUUUAGAUGUCAUUCUUUCCGUUUCGGCAGAUCAAGUCAGCGUCCUUUUGCCUGCAAACCUGUAUUCGGCCGAACGCAGCCUCCGCGCUGACCUUCCUUACGCUUCUGCAGAUCUUAGAUUCACCAAUUACUAUAUGGACCUUAUGGUAAAUUUUAGCCCUAUCAGCAUCUCUCUUGGUGGUUCUAUGACAAGCCCGGAUCACCCCAAUGAGUUCACAAGCGGUGGUACGGAGCUCUUCAUCGAGUCUACGAUUAUAUUUGGACACCGUCUCUUCGGACUGCCUCCAGCCGAGCCUACAUAUGUCUGCAGUUGGGACUUCGAGGUGGGAAGAAUAUCAGGAGAGUGCACGUCAGACUUUAUCGAAACCGCGGCCGGAGCAGCACGUUCCUUUGCGUUCACUUUGGAUGAUGAUGAAAAUUCUCUUCCUCUCACAGAGGUUGAAGUGAUACAUGAUUCAACCUUUCUAAGAUUGAAGACGGGAGAAGUCCAUGUCUGGUUGCAUGUCGUGCAGGAAGCCCUGCUUGUCAGGACUAAUCCUGUGAGUCUAGACUUCAACGACCUAGCAGGUAGCACCUUCUCGCAGCGACUCCACGCCCACAUUCCGGACCUUAUCAUCAGUGCUGUGGACUCGAAGUCUGCAUUGCGCCAUAGAACGCGUUCUGGGGAGCAGCAUGUCAUCGAGACUCAUGCCUUUCUCCAGACGACAUUGUCAUUUGAUAUGCUGAAUCGCAAAUUGGAUUUUUCCGACAAUCGCAGCAAACAACAGGUUCACAUGCAAAUGCAUGACCAGCGAACAAAUCGCACAGCUUUCAUGUUUGCUGACGAUCCCACAUCCUCCUACCGUCCAAGCGCUAGGAGUCAGGACGUAAGACCACCAGCUAUGCAAUAUCCAGAUAUUCCGCACCCAAUCUUUUUGUUUCAGCCACCUAGUCAGCACAAGGACUCUUCCAACUCGUCAAAGUACUCUUUGGAAACUCUGUCAACAAGAGGACGGCCAUUGCGCACCACUAAUUCACAAUCUUCGUCAAGCGCUUCCCUGGCCAGCAGCAUUCGAUCCACAACUAGACACAAAGGCACUAGCAAAACUGCGGAGUCUAGCAGAAGUCGAACGCUUCUUGGAGGCUCACCAAAUCGAGCUGAUAGUGAAGCUCGCUUUUACACGCCACUUAAAGAAGAAGAGCGUGCGAAGCGCAACUUGGCUCCGUCAUCUGUUGCACUAUCGAGCUCUUUGGCCACCCCACACUUUCCAUUAGAUCAGGUGGCCCCUGACUUGUCCGAUGUUCCUCUCUUCCCAACUUUGCCUCCAUCUCUUGAGGAUCGAGACGUCGAGGACAUCGAGUUCAACGAUGUGUCAACCAAGCACCUGGAUGAAGGCUUCAACCAUACUAGCCUAUUGGUCAGCGCAGAACCAGGCAUACGAGUGCACUGUACGCCAGAGUUCAUCAGAAGCGUAGCUGAUCUUAUUGAACUCGUCCAGCCUCGUCGCCCUGAGGACAUGUUAGACGACUUCCAAGUCAAAGUCAUGACAAAGAUCCUUGAUAACAGGAAUCGACUUGAGGGGAAAGGAAGCUCAAUCGAACUCAGCGUCCGCAUACCUUUUACCCAUUUUCGGUUUCAACAUGGGUUUGACCCACACUCAGCAGGCGAAUCUGGCAAAGAUCAAUACGAUGUUAUUUUCAACCGAUUGAAGUCUGCUGCGCGAGUCAAGAAAUAUCCGGGUGAACGAGCCGGCGAGAAUUCGCUAGCGUUGCAUACCACAUUGGGCUCCCUUGGAGUCUCAAUGACGGAGCGCACUCGUCAUGGAUCGAACGAGGACGUCGCAAUUCAGGCCGAAGUCAAAGACGUUCUUGUCUGGAUGUUACAGAACAAAGAGACGUCUGUCAACGUUUCUUUUCGAUCCUUUGAGACUGCCACUGCAAGCAGGAAGAUCGAUUAUCUUGCGUCGCUCAUUCAUCGAACAACGCUUCUAGCCGAUGGGUUGGCGGCCAAAUUCAUUGAAGUCGAGCAAAAACAACAACAUCGACUGCGCUAUUUAGCAUGGUAUCUCACCAGUAUACAAAGUCAGUAUCCAGAUCCUACUUUUCUGACGAAAGCAUCAUAUGCUCUCCGCGCUGCGAGGGACCAUUUGCGUAGUCACGACUCAUGGAAGAUUAUUUCUCGUUUUCGUUAUACGUGGCAAUGUCUCCCACAGAACGAGCAGGUCAAGCUGUUGAGUGAUUGUUCACAACAGUCGGUUCAAUGUCCAGCAAAUGUCGAAGAGAAGAUCAUUGCGAUGUGGGACGAGUGGCGCACGUGGGAUCUGGCACAUGUGAAGAAGAGCCUUGCAAUGCGACUCUUGUUUGGCCAUGUCACAGAGAAGCUGCCCACGCCUCAAUCUGCGCCGCUACAUCUCGAUAUCAAAUCCGCGGGCAUCAAGCUGAUCGUUGACCCUGGCCCACGACAGAGCGAAGUCGUUUUACGCAUGUUAGCGAUCAACGUCGUGCUACUACCUCCAACAGAGCCAACUGGCCUCAUGCUGGUGGGAACUGAUACCCCCAAAAAGUGUGCAACCGUUCAAGUUAGUUCGAGGGAAAGUAUUCUGCACAUCCAAUGGGAAAUUUGCGAACUCGCGGAUGCGUUGUUGAAGCUGUUCCAAAAGGAAAAUCUUCAAGCCACAGAGAGAGCUUCGUCGAGGGUCCUAGAAACUAUGCAAGUUACGGCUCCGCUCUAUGACCAAGAUAUUCAAGUGGUUUUCGCCACAGACAAGGCUCAGCUUAUAUUAGACACUAUCAACUUACGUAGCACAACCACAGGGCGACGUCUGCAGUUUUCUUUCAUCGAUGCCGAUAGAAAGGCCUCCGGUCUUGGGGAGAUCUUAACAGCGCAUUUACACGCGGACUUAUCGGUUAGCGAGCUCUCCUUUCGAUCACGGUCGUUAGCCAAAACGCAGUUCGAACAGCCCACUCUUUCUUUUGCCCAGGUCCAGCAUGGUAACGAUAGCGACAUUCCUGAUGAGAUCAAAGCUGCUGCUGCAAGUCGCAAGAUUGUCGUCAAGGUCGAAGAAGAUCUUCUCGGUCUCAUCGAAGUUGUUGACACCGUGCUUAAGGAUGAGGUAGCAUACUUCCACCGACAGUUCGAAGUCAUCCAAGAGGUCAUGAAAGAAACGACAAAGGAGGCCAAGCCCAAAGAACAUGCUACCCAACUGCCAAAUGUCACACUUGCUCUUUUUAUGGACGCAUAUCAAGUCGAAUUAGCCCUGCUUCACCCACUCUGCUGGUCGGUUACAGGGUCAUCCGGGCGCAUUGCAGUCAUCCCCGCUCUUGGCCGAAACAUCUCGCUGCAAGUUGAUUAUGACCUGGAGGCCAAUCUUCAUAGAUUAUACAGCAAUGCUUCGGAGCGAUCCAACAUCAUCAGCUCGUUCGAGUUGCCUCCAAUCAAUGGGCGACUGACUGUUACACAAAGUGAAAAGGAGACUAAGAUCUUCGCUUCAGGUACCGUUGAGAAGAUCCAAUUCCAGGCGUCGGAAAUACAAGCACUUGCCACUACACUCAACAAACCGGAAAUGUCACAUAUGCUACAAGCCGUUCAAGAUGAUGUUGAGGUCUUGAAAACUCACAUUGAAGAGAUAUUCCCAGCUUCAUCGGACUCACCAGUGGUGAAGGCUCCCCGCACAUCAAGAGAUAUCUUGUUUGGUGUCCAAAUGACGCUAUCUGGGAUGGACAUAUCGGCAAACGCCCCAGGGCAACAUCCAGACUCACCUACAGCAAAUCUAGCUCUCAGGCUAUCAUCUGUGCAGCUGAAGGCUACAAACAUCCAAUCUGAUCAAAGCAUAAUGGAAUAUCUGGAAGCCGUCAUCCGAAUUCACGAAGUCACCGUCGAUCUGAGCCUGACCGACUCGGAAACCGUCCGCCGAUGUGGCAAUCUUACUUUCGGUGCAACAUUUCAAGCGACUACUGAGAAGGACUCUGAGCCUACACGUAGAGUAUAUCGUCUUCGCAGUUCAGGCCUAGAGGUGAACGUCUUUGCGGACACUGCCUCAGCCGUUGUAGACGUCCUGAACCACCUACAAGAUAAGAUCAAAGACCUCGACCUAUCCAAGGAGAAAAAGUAUUUGCAGAGGCUUCGACAUACGAAGAGUAGGAUAACCCAAAAUCGUGAUAAGAGCAUCAAGAGUGAUGUCAAUAGCGACUCCGAGACCAUCGACUCUGGGGCCUUGUUCACAUCGACGUAUUCUCUAGAGCUUCUCGAUGUCCAGGUCAGUUGGGUCGUAGGAAACUCAGUUACCGCCUUUCCCCGAAGCGAGAUCGAGGAUCUCGUGCUAUCAUUUGGGAAUAUUGACCUGUCCACGCAAAAAGAUGAUGCAGCACGUCUAAUGAUCGAGAAUAUGCGGCUGCAGAUGGUCCCAGUAUCGGCUAACAAGAGGCCGCGAUCGCUAAACUCAGCCCUACUGCCCAAAAUGGUAUUCAACGUGGCGUAUGCAUCUACGAAGGACACCCGAAAAGUUGCCUUCAACGCUGCAGGCAAGUCGCUUGACCUCCAACUAGAUUCUCAUUUCAUCCUACCAGCAAAUGUCAUCGAAAGAUCUAUCGCUCUCGCCGGCAAGAAGUUCCGCAAAGCAUCUGCGAACUGGAGCAUGACACCAACCACGACUGGUGCUCAGCGUAAGAGUCCAUUUGGUAACAAGCGUUUGGCAUCGUUGACCGUCGAUGCCAACUUCGCUGGUGCUGUUGUACAUAUCAAUGGAAACGAAACUGCGCCGGUGCAGGGCUCGUCAAAUAAAGCGCAACAGAAAGGUAGGUAUAGCCAGUUUGUAGGCGAUGGAUCUAAGAGCAGCAUGGCCCUACGAGCACCAGGUGUGGCUGUGCGUGUGGAGUAUCAAGACGACGGGAACGACCCCUAUUUGAAUGGUGAGCUUCGCGUUGAUGGCUCCACUAACACCCUGCUGCCGACGGUUGUGCCUAUCAUAAUUGAUAUCUCUGAGAGCGUCAAAGCAGUUGUCCGCGAAAAGGAUGGUCAUGAAUCACCCAGCUCUCCAGAAGAUUCAAAUGUCGAGACGAAACCUGCUGCUAAACUGCUCGAGGAAGACAACAUCAUCACGGCCGAUCCGGCAACUCUCUUGGGCCGAACAAGGCUCAAUCUUGGUCUCCGAAUCUGCAAGCAAGAGUUCAGUCUCAGUUGUCAGCCCAUCGCGCGCGUCACUGCCAUUGCUAAGGUUGACGACAUAUACAUCACUGUCAACAGCGUCAAGUCACAGGAGCAUGGACAUUUCUUCGCUGCAUCCGCUGCCUUUGAAAAGCUUGAAGCUACUGUGCAACAUGUGUACUCGCGAGAGUCUACAUUUGGCUUGGAUGUUGAAUCAAUCGUUCUAUCCUUAAUGAACAGCAAACACGUCAGCGGAACCAGUGGCAUCUCAGCUAUACUCAAGAUCAAUCCAACAGCACUUCAGAUCAACGCUCGUCAACUUCAAGAUUUCUUGCUCUUCAGAGAGAUAUGGGUACCACCAGAGAUCCGACGAGCUUCGAAGUCCCCAACGGAAAAUCCGAAUCAGGAACCACAGGAGUACCUUAUGCAACGCUACCAGCAAGUCACUGCCGCGACUGCGUUUCCUUGGAACGCUAACGUGACAAUUGCGGAUGUCAAGGUCGAUUUGGAUCUUGGGCAGGCCAUUGGAAGGUCAUCGCUACAUAUCCACAAUAUGUGGGCCUCGUCCAAGAAGAGCACUACUUGGGAGCAAAACUUAUGCAUUGGUGUUGAGAAGAUAGGUGUUGAAAGCACGGGUCGCACAAGUGGCUUCAUCGAGCUUCAUGGGAUCAAAGUUCGAACAUCGAUCGGUUGGCCACUACAAGAAACCGGUGCUCGUCGGUCGCCACUGAUUCAGGCAUCAAUCGCUUUCCAGCAGUUGCGUGUCAAGACUGGAUUUGACUAUCAGGCUUUUGUCAUGGCGGAUGUUGCGAACUUCGGAUUCCUGAUGUACAAUGCCCGGGAAGAAGGCAAGGAUGCGAAAGACCGCCUCGUUGCUAUCCUUGACGGUGACAAGGUACACGUUUUCUGCCACGCUACAAGCGCUGCCCAGGGUCUCGCACUAUGGCAGGCCAUCGAAAGACUCAUUCAGGAAAAUCAACAAGCGUAUAGGCAGUCGCUGAAGGAUAUCGAAAAGUUUCUCCGGCGCAAAUCCUCCGUAUCAACACCCUUCGGUCGCUCGCCAUCUCAAAGUCAGAUCAUUGCCAAACCGAAUGACGACACUUUCAAGGCGCCAAUUUCGCUGCACACGGACGUUGUAGUCACGUUACGUUCCAUUAAAUUUGGCGUCUUCCCGUCGACCUUUAUCGAUCAUCAAAUCCUUAUGCUGGAAGCUGGUGACAUGCAAGCGCGCUUCGCCGUCGCUCUCGAGAAACACAAGAUCCACUCCAGCCUCGGCAUGACUCUUGGUCAACUCUCCGUCGCACUAUCAUCUGUCCCAACACCCAAGAAGAGCAUUUCAGUCACAGAGCUUACGGUCGAAGACGUCGUAGAAUUUGCGCGCUCAGCACGAGGUGGCACAAUUUUGCGAGUACCGAAAGUCAUUGCAACAAUGCACACAUGGCAGGUACCUACGAGCAACCACAUUGACUACCUAUUCAGGAGCUCGCUGGAGGGUAAAGUGGAUGUAGGUUGGAACUAUUCACGCAUCUCCUACAUCCGGACAAUGUGGUCAAAUCACUCACGCACCCUCGCAUCUCGUCUUGGCAAGCCUCUACCAGAAUCAAACAUCAAGAUCAGCACUUCACAAGCCUUGCAAGAUGAUGAUCCUAGCACUCCGACCACCACUCGUCCCCGCGCCCCCUCUCUACCCAGCUCAGACCCUCAACAGCAAGAAAAAAUCACAGCCGUGGUCAACGUGCCCCAGUCGAAAUACGAAUAUACGCCCCUUGAACCCCCGCUUAUCGAGACUCCGCAGUUGAGGGAUAUGGGUGAGGCGACGCCUCCGUUGGAGUGGAUUGGGCUGCAUCGCGAUCGAUUGCCGAACGUUACGCAUCAGAUUGUUAUUGUAAGUUUGCUUGAGCUAGCGAGGGAGGUCGAGGAGGCGUAUGAGAGAAUUUUGGGGAGUAGCUAGAGGAACGGGAAGUGGAGAGUGAAGGGGUGACUGGAAAAUUAGAUUCUACAAAUGGGAAGCUGAAUGGUGUAGGUGGAGGUGUAUAUUAGGCUCUAUUUUCAAAGAGGCGUUUUUGGGAUCCAAAAAGGAUAUUGGGUGCAUAACAUGGCGUUGCUCAGCAGGCUCAUUCUAUGCAAGUGUAGUCAUAGCAUUGGAGAACUAAUAUAUCUCUCUUUAUAAGC